ACCAAAACAUCAGAUCCGCCUAAAUCAUUCACCUUUUUGCUAUCCUUAAAAAGCUUCGAUCCCUUCCCAUGGCUGAAAGCAAGCCCCAUCCAACCUUUCUGCAACCAGAAAGAGUGUUUCCCCGAACCCCAUCUAAUUUCUCUCUUACUUCACCGAGUUUGCACCACGUAAAAUGCCCAGAAAAGGACCCAUUCUCCAAAAGGUCUCAAAUCUUCUCAAGUUCUCCGUUUUCAUUGCCAAAAUGAGAAAACCAGCUAUCCCAAAACUCCUCUUUCUUAUAAGGAAAGCAAGAAGGGUCAAGAAGUUAAAGCUUCUCAAACAUUACAACUAUGGAUUUCUGGAGGAGUACCAGUUCUCUCCUUCAAGCACUCCCCUCAUUCAUUACCGCAGAAAUUACCACUUCAAGAACAGAAGGCCUCGAGAUAUCUAUUCCAUGUUCUUUCUCUGUAGAUGUUUGGGUAGUUUGAGAGCUCAUGAUCAGGAGGAGGAUGCAGACUGCACAUUAGAAUCUCUGCCUGCUUUUCCUGUCAUAAAAGAUCAUGACAUUGCAGUAGGGAAGUUAAUCCUGGAGCCAUUGGGUUCGUGUGAUGAAGAAGAUACCGUCGAUCUGAGGGCUGAGAGGUUUAUUCGAAGGUUCUACGAAGAGAUGAGAAUGCAGAGGCAAGAAUCAAUUUAGCAAACCCAACGAAGUGCUGGACAUGAUAUUGGAUUUUACGCAAAAGGGAAAACAAAGUGAUGGAAAAACCAAAAUAGGAAUUAUUGAAUUUGUUGUAAUUUCUUUUUGCUUAAUAUUUUUUUUUUAAA